AUGGCUUCUAAAGUACUUCCGAAUUUCAUACCUUCUUAUUUAAAUAAUACUCCUAUAGGAGAAUAUAAUAAAGCUUAUCUAAAUAAAACACCUAUAGGAGAAUAUAAUAAAAAAAAUGAAUUGCAACCGAUUUGCGUGCCGACGGUAUUAAAUAAAGAUGAUGCAGAAAUUUGGUUGGAUGUUUGUUCCAAUGGAUUAAAAGUUGUUUAUAAUGGACCAGGAAGGUUAAAUGUACACGCAGCAGCAAUAAGGGCAAAUUAUCCUAUGCCUAUAGAAGCAGGUUUAUAUUACUUUGAGGUAGAUAUAAUUGAUAAAGGGGAAUUUGGAUAUAUUGGAGUUGGAUUUGGUGAACCUAAUGUUUCUAUAAAUCGAUUACCAGAUGAUGGGAUGAAAUUUAGUUCAUCAGGAGUUGGAGUAUCUUACGGUCCUUUAUUCACUACGGGAGAUACUAUUGGAGUUGGUAUCAAUUUUUUUAAUAGAACAGCAUUUUAUACAAAGAAUGGAAUUCAUAUAGGUACUGCUUUUGAAAAUGUUGAAGGAAAUUUGUAUCCAAUGAUUGGAUUAAGGUCUAGAGGUGAAAUUGUUGAAGCAAAUUUUGGACGAAGACCAUUUAAAUUUGAUAUAGAUUAUUAUGCACAGUUCUACGGAUGA